AUGGAGGCUUCAGAACCUACCCACCCUACCCCAUCCUCCAGGGACCAGCCAGCUCCUGCCCCUGGGGUUCCAGGGGGCCCAGGUGGGCAGGCCUCACCUUGCCUGACCCUGGGCCCUGUCAUCCUGCCACCAGAGCAGGGCUUGCCCCCAACUGUGUUCCUGAAGGCUUUGCCUGUCCCUCUGUACCACACAGUACCUCCUGGGGGUCUCCAGCCACGUGCACCCCUGGUGACAGGCAGCCUGGAGGGGCCCAGUGUACCCUUCAUCCUCAGCCCCUUGCUGCAGCCUGAAGGGCCCAGUCCCACCCAGAUGGGCAAGCUGACCACCCCGGCCCUGACUGUGAACAUCGUGGGCACACUGCCUGUACUCUCCCCGGGUGUAGGAUCCACACUGGUCAGCACAGGCAGGGUGAAGAAUGCUGGGAAGCACCUGUGCCCGCACUGUGGCCGGGAUUGCUUGAAGCCCAGUGUGCUGGAGAAACACAUCCGAUCCCACACGGGGGAGAGGCCCUUCCCGUGCAUCACGUGUGGUAUUGCCUUUAAGACCCAGAGCAACCUGUAUAAACACAGGCGCACACAGACACAUCUCAACAACUCUCGGCUGUCCUUAGAGUCUGAAGGGAGUGGGAGCAGCCUUCUGGAGGAAGGAGACAGGCCUGGAGAGACUGCCUCAGUGGAUAGCCGGGGAGAUGAAGGAGAGCCAGAGAGAGCUCUUUCCCCGGGUGCCCAUCCCACCCUUGCUCCUAAGAACAGGGAAAGGAUGAUAGAAACAACUCCCUCUCUUGGAGCCACCCUUCCCCACCAGCCCCAGAUGGUGUCACCUGAGUUCCCACUAGCCAGCCCACGGCCUAGGCGGAAGCUUCCAGAACCAAAGCCAUCCUCCCUGCAGAGACAGCAGGAGACAUGCACAGAGAAGCCCUGGGACUCCAAGGCCUUGGAGGGCCAGCUGAGGAAGUGUGAAAGCACAGACUCGGGCUACCUGUCCCGCUCAGACAGCGUGGAGCAGCCUCCUGUUACCUCCAGCCCCUUGCACAGUCUAUCAGAGCACAGUGCAGGGUCUGAGGGGGAAGGAGGUCCCGGCUGCGGGUCUUCGGGCAACGGGGUCGAGCAGGGAACGCCAGGGGCCAGCCUGGAGCUAGAGAAGAAGAAACUGGAGGAACGCAUUGCCCAGCUCAUCUCCCACAACCAGGCAGUGGUAGACGACCCACAGCUGGACCACGUGCGGCCCCGCAAGACUGUGCUGUCCAAGCAGGGCAGCAUCGACCUGCCCAUGCCAUAUACCUACAAGGAUUCCUUCCACUUUGACAUCCGGGCGCUGGAGCCCAGCCGCAGGAGGGCUGCCCUCAGCCCAGCUUGGUCUACCUACACAGCCCUGGAGAAGGCCAGACCCCUCUUCUUCCACUCUGUCCCCACACAGCUCUCCACCACCGUGGAGUGUGUCCCUGUCACCAGAAGCAACUCACUGCCUUUCCUUGAGGGGUCUAAGUCUUGGCCAGAGCCACGGGACCCACAGGAUGCCUUUCCCAGGAUGCAGAAGGCCCUGGGCCCCGGACUCACCCCAGCUUGGCUGGGAGACCGCCCAAGACUGACCUUGGCAGGUAUCCCCAGUGGUCACCCUCGGGCCCUGGUGAGACAGGCUGCUGUGGAAGACCUGCCAUGCACCCCUACUGGAGACCCCUCGGUUGUCGCCGAAGACCUCGAUGGAAAGAGAGCUGCAGUAAAGGAGGGGGUGGUAUGCAAGGGCAGAGCCGGUAAGAAGUAUAACCAGAAGAAGCAAAAGAUGUUCUCCCAGGAGAAAUGGCAGGUGUAUGGGAAUGAGACGUUCAAGAGAAUAUACCAGAAGAUGAAGACCACCCACCAGGGAGGACAGAAACACAGGGAGGUGAAGCAGGGCCAGAGGUCGCAACUGGACCUGCCUCCCCAGGAAGAGGUAGUAGGGACUGAGGGUGCAAGCCUGUCUCGAGACAAUAGGAUCCCUGUCCUGGGGGAUGCCACAGCAGGGGCCAAGCCAGGAUCUUGGGGAAGUCGACCAUCCCUGGAGGACUCAUUGGAGACUGGGUUUCCUAAGCAACUGAAGGCAGUGGCCAGAGCCAAGUCCUCUCCUACCCUUGGCAGCGCAGAUGCCCUCUGUCUAAGCAGCAAGGGCCCUCUGCUCCUUCCAUGUGAGAAAUCCGACCUGGGAUGCCAGCUGCCUCCAGAACCUGUGCCCCUCCAAGGAAGAGACUUAGAAGCUCCUGACGUGGCUUUGCCAGACCCUGGAGAGGCUAUAAAAGAAACCUGCCCUGGGGACCAAACUGUCCUCCGGCGGCCCAGUGGUGGGUCUGUGGGUCCCCAGCUUGCAGAAGACAAGUCACCCUCGGAGAGAAAGCGACUGAAGGUGGAAGAGCUGGACCAUCAGGAGCAGCUGGGGCCUCUGGAAGCCGAGGCUUCAAGGGGCUUUCUGCGGGCUGACUCGCAGCCACCCCAGAAACAGGUCAGUGACGCUGAGGAGGUUCUGGGUAGCUCAGCUGAGAGUAUCCAGCAUGUGACCAUGACCCUGGAGUCCUCUGAUGCCUCCUCAGCUGUUUCUGCUGUUGCCCUGAGGUGGCCAGGGCUAGGAGACAAGGAUCCCACAUUGCCUUCUGUACCUAGGACUCUUGGGCUCCACUCCCUGCUGCCUGCCCAGCCCCAGGAUCCUGGUGUUCCCACUGCUGUGUCAGGUGGCUCCUUUGCUCCCAAGUACCUCCUCAGGUUACCUCAGGGAGAGAAGCCCUCACCACAUGUUGCUCUGGGGACUGGGAAAGGCCCUGACUCUCUGUGUACAAGCGCACAGCCUACAGAACAGGCCCUUCUUGCUGGAUCAGAAUUGGGAAUGCCCUGGCUACCUGGAGCACACUCAGGCCCAGGUGAGGCUGGUGGCAGCUCAGAAGAUCCUAGCUGGUCCAGGUCACUGGAUGGAAGAGAAGAGGCACAAACAGGAAGCCAGAAAAGAGACAGGGCCAACAGCAACAUCCCCAAUACCGGCACCACCCAGGAGACAGCCUCCAUUGUGCCUGCUCACACAUGUGACAGUCAUGUGACCAAGAAUGUAGUGGGUGAGAGCCAUGCCGUCCAUUGCCUCUGCACAGACAGCCUACCAGCAAGAGCUGGAACAUGUGGGAAUCUCUUGAACCCGUGGACACUGUUCCAGAAGCUGGGAACACCUAGGAAUGCCCUAGAGGGUCCUUCUUCAGAGACCAAGGAAGGGCUGCCUGCCUGCCUUCCCUCCCAAGCGCAUUAUUUCCCCACAUCUUUCACAAGGCCCCAGGGUUUAUCCCUGGGCCAGCAGAAACUGGCCUUGCCACACCACUUAGGGACCCCCAGAAGCUGUGAGGCCCCAAGCUCCUUCCCUUCACUUAAGGCUGAGCCCCAGCUCACGUGGUGUUGCUUAAGUCGCAGCCUGCCCCUGGCCGCAGAGCAACAGAGGGCAGCUCCCGGGCACUUGUCUUCAUACUCACCUGAUAGAAGCCUCCAGGGUAAGAGUGACAAAGGGCUGCUGCCCAAGAGCAGUGGAGGAAGGAUGAAGACAAGUCGAGGAGGAGGGACUUCGAGGGCACCUGAGCUUCCCUACCCAGCAGUCUCAGAGACAAGGGCUCAGGACCAGGUAUCCAGUCCACAGUGGAAGAAAGGACUGUGCCAUAGGAGGGUGAAGAUAUCUCACGAGAACAGCAAGCAGAAGAAACUGAGGCUUCAUUCCAAGAGAUAUGAAGGACGUUUCUGGCAGAGAGCUAAACGACUGUGCAAGCCACCCUGGUUGUCAAGAAGAAGCUGUCUCCCCCAGCAACUUGAGGGGUUGGAGCCACGAGGGACCCUUGGGACGGCUUCAUCAGAAGUGGCAGGUCUAAAUCUGCAGGGAGAACCAUCUUGUGCCAGCACAGACUUGCCUGUUGGUCAUGGGAACAAAGAGAAGGACCGUGACUCCCAAGAGACUUCAGAACCCAUCUCUCCUGACACAAGCUCAAAAACCAACCUGGAACGAGACAAUUCAACUCUGAAGGAUGUUUCUCUGUCUGUUGGUGAGCAUAAUGACUGUUCUCUGGAGAAGGAGUAUGCUGAUGGCUCAGGACUAGCUAUGCAAUGUAAUGCAUACUUGGCAGUGCUUCAGGAAGAUCCUCUGCUCCAGGGCAAGAGUUUUGAUGUUGGAUCCCCAGGGACUCCACUGCCGCCUUCCCAGGAACAAGUCUCCGUAGUUCCCAACCUGUGCAUCUCCCCAGAUGUUUCAGAGCCGCCUCCGUCCUUUAGAUCUAAAGGGACACUUCCCCAUCAUGACUUUGCUACCUCUGUGGCUGCUGUCUGUGUUUCUGCAGGGACACGAACAGGACACAAAACCCUGGAGGUUCACAGUGCAGAGUCCUAUGCAGAGGAGGCUCUGGCACAAAGCUCUGCAGAUAGGAGAGCCAUGCCAGAAAGCAUAGCACAGGCGCUGCUGCCAGGGAGACCUUCACCUGGUAAAAUGGCACCUGGAGAAACCCAUUUAGAAAUACCACCAUCAGGCCCAACUUCAACCAGUUCACAACAGGAGGAAGUGAGACCUCAGGCAGAUUUUCCUUGCUGGGGCCAAUAUGGACAUGGGGAAGUGGCCAUCCAGUGUGCUGCUUUAGGGGGUGAGAGUAGGACAUGUCACACUGAAGGAUUAAUUACCCCCAAGAGUGUCAUGGCUCCUUCUGACCAAGGGCAACCCUCUGAAGUCUCUGAAGCCCCCUUGAGAUCUAUCCGAAAAAGGAGUUUGGAGGGAAUGAGAAAGCAGACUCGGGUGGAAUUCAGUGACUCCAGCAGCGAUGAUGAAGACAGACUGGUCAUAGAGGUGUGAUGUGCUUCCAGAGAAAGACGGUGGUGAUGGCCAAGGCCUGGGGAUCCUCCGAGACAGCAUGACCAAGUGGAAUGGGCACUGAGCUCUAUAAAACAUCCACAGACUCUGAAAGCCAUCUGAGAUUCCUUUAAGCCAGCUCUAACCAACACCGUGCCCAGAUCCAGC